AUGGCUAGCAGCGUUAUUGCGUAUCCACUAACCGAGAGACAAACUUCCAUUACAUGCUCCAGUGGUAACCAGACUCCAAAAUCCUGUCAGAUUCUGGUCCCUGUCAACAUUCUAGGUAAAACUAUUGACAUCGGAGUUGGUACGCCGAGUGGAGGAAGUAGUGGUGGUGGUGGCACUAGUGGUGGGCAUGGCGGUACUGCAGGAUAA